CCCUUGCCCUGCCCUUAGCCUGGCUUGGAGAAGCGUUUCAAAGCUGAACCUCUGCUGCAGGGCUUCUGCUCCAGCUCCACCUGAAUGAGCCCAUUAUGGGGUUCACUUGCACCCGCGAGGGCGGGAACUGGAGUUGCUCUCCCUGGAGGGGUCCAACGUGGCUGAUGCCCUAGCGGAAGCGGAAGUAACGUCAGCGGCUCCCCGCUUCUUUUUGGGCUCUGGUCACCCGAGACCUUACUCCGAGGUGGUCGGUCUCGGCCGGCUUCGGUGAGGCUGGGUGAAGGGAUGCACCUGCGGUAGAAGGGGAUGGGGAGAGGACGAGUCAGGCCCGAGCCCCUGAAAGACCUCUUCCGAGGGGCCUGGCGCGCCCGUGCCCGGGACCCCCGCGUGGCUGGGGCCACUCGGGCUGUGCGACCCCUGCAGGUGCCGGGUCGGGCAGGGUCGCCGCGCUCGUCCUUCAGGUUUGCAUGCACGGUGCACACCCCGCUUCAAAAGCCUCUGCAGUAACCUUGCUGGAUUUUUAUCCCCAGCCUCUGGGAUCACGCUGAUUUAAGACACUGCGUCCUCCAGCUUCAGGGACCAGACGGUUUCCGCGCGUCCAGGACCCCAUACAACCCUGGAUGAAGAGGAAUGGAGGUCGCAUCUCUCUGCGUGGAUUCAUAAGCUGCUUGGAAGUGGUUUCGGCAUCAGGAAAGAGAGUGGCCUGGCACUUUCCAGCAGCAGAGCCACAGAAUGGCAGCUGUUGAUUUGUCGGAAGGUCUUCUCUACACUAAACCAGUCUGCUUUUAUGAAGACGAGACAAAGGUCGAAAGUGUGGUGACUGACUACGAGGCGGACUGUUACCAGGACUCAGUGACCUUUGAUGAUGUGGCUCUGGAGUUCACCCAAGAGGAGUGGACUUUACUGGACACGACCCAGAGAAACCUAUACAGAGAAGUGAUGCUGGAGAACUAUGAGAACCUGUCUUCAGUGGGAUACCAGUUCUUCAUCCCUAGUCUGAUCUCCUGGUUAAAACAAGAAGAACUAAACACAGCAGAAAGCGGAGUUCUUCAACAAUUGGAGCUACAACCAACAACCAAAGGACCAGAAUUUGAGGAUUAUUUUGGGGAAGAAACUUCCAAAGAGAUGGAAAUGGCAAGCCACGGUGGAGAGGAGCUCUACAAAUACAAGCCAUACGGAGAAGUCUUUGGUGAACAGUUUUUCCUUAAUACACACAUGAGCACACAAAACCAAGAAUAUACUUCUGGGUAUAUCUGGUAUGGCGAAGACAUCCUUAAUCUGCACCAGAAAACCUCUGCUGCACAGAACUUUUCUGAAAUUGAUCAGUAUGGAAACAUCUUCAGCCUGACUCCGAAUAUUGCAUAUGAGACCACAUGCAUGAGAGACAAGCCCUUUGAGUGCAGGGAUUGCGGGAAUGCCUUUUUCAGUCCCUCGUACCUCCAGAUGGAUCUGAGUACGCAUCAUGAAGGAAACCCCUACGAGUGGAAGAAAUACGAGAGCGGAUAUAUUCAUCCCACCAGCCUUGCUGUGCAUCUUCAGAUUUUCAAUGGAAGCAAUCCCUACAGAAUGGAGGAAUUUGGAAAGGACUUCCAGUAUUUUCCAUGCCUUAGUAAUCCCAUGCAAACACAUACUGAACAAACGCUCUGUGAGUGCAAGGAAUGUUGGAGAGCAUUCACAGUUCCCUCCCACCUGAACCAAUAUGUAACAGUUCAUUCUAAAGAGAAAAACAAAAAAUGUAAGGAAUGUGGGAAGUGCUUUGCUACCUUUUCUCAACUGUCUGCACAUGUAAAAACUCACAGUGAUGAAAAGCCUUUUCAGUGUAAGGAGUGUGGAAAGUGCUUUAAAAAUAACACAUACCUUAACGAUCACAUGCGAAUUCACACUGGAAUAAAAUCAUACAAAUGCGUGGAAUGUGGGAAAGCCUUCCUGAGGUGGUCAGGCCUGACUGAACACCUACGAGUUCACACUGGAGAGAAGCCUUACGAAUGUAAGGAGUGUGGGAAAGCCUUCUCGAGAUCCACUCAGCUCACUGAGCAUAUCAGGACCCACACUGGAGUCAAACCCUAUGAAUGUAAGGACUGUGGGAAGGCCUUCACUCAGUACUCGGGCCUUGCUACCCACGUCCGCAUCCACAGUGGAGAGAAGCCCUUUCAGUGUAAGCAGUGUGGGAAAGCCUUCACUAGGACCUCAGGCCUUAUUCACCAUGUGAGAACACACACAGGGGAGAAGCCUUUUGAAUGUAUUCAUUGUGGGAAAACCUUUAUUACUUCUUCCCAUCGUACUAAACAUUUAAAAAUUCACAGUGGGGAAAAGCCCUUUGUGUGCAACAUCUGUGGGAAGGCUUUUGUGUAUUCCACAUCCCUCAACAUUCACAUGCGAACACACACCGGAGAGAAACCUUACAUCUGUAAGGAAUGUGGGAAAGCGUUUGCUGUUUCCUCCCGCUUAAGCAAACACGCAAGAGUUCACCAUGGGGGGAAGGCCUACAAAUGCGAGGGGAUCAGUGUUGCUAUUUAGCCCCUCCAUUGCCACUCUUAAAUAUUGACAGUGACACCAAAGAUCAUCAGAUUAGUCUUAACUAAUCUGUGUGAGUUGUAACUCCCACUGGCAUAGGUGCCAUCCUAAUCGUAGGAGAUACAAUACGUAGGUCCCUUGUGGAAUUUUGGCAGUGCUGGGGAUUAACCCCAGUGCCUCAUGCAUACUAGGUAAGUGAUCUACCACUGCGCUGCAUUACUGACCCUUCGACCUGGUUCACACAGCUGAGUGUUAGCUCUUGGGAGUCAUAGAUGAGGUCACCACUGCACAUCAGCCUCGUUUGGUGCUUGGACCCCUGGUGAAGGUAGCAUUAAUAAAAGCUUUGCACGGGUGUCCAACCUUUUGGCUUGCUUGGGCCACAUAUACUAUAGUUCAUGUAUAUAAGUAAUGAGAGUUCCUUUAUUUUUUUACAUUUUAUAUGAUAAUAUUAAAACAACACAAACAGCUACAGGCUGCAGGGUGGAUAUGCCUAUGUAAGAUAACUGAAUAGAUUUGGCCCUACCCCUUGUUGGUUCGUGGCUGCCAGUGUGGCUACUCACAGAGAACUUCUUCAGAAGUCAAGUGGAACAGGACCAGGUAGACUGUUGAAAGACACUGGUGUGUCCCCAGCCCCCACUUAUUGUGCUGAGUGUGCCAAGAAAGAAAUGGUCCCUACCUGUUCUUCAUGGUGAGUCCACGUUUGCAGACAAUUAUCCCUGUUUUCUCCUAAAAUCUAAUAAGUUCACCUCUCUAACCUUCUGUCUAUUUUAGAUCUAAGAGGCAAUUUCUGUGCUAAUAUAAUCCAGUCUAUUCCUCACUGCUGUUGAGCUUGGUAAUAUCCCUCCUUUGGGUCCCAAAUCAUCUUUCGGUUUAGCUAUUUUCUUUAGAUAGGCUGGAAGUUUCCAGAUUUCCAGUUCUGUUGCCUUUUUUGCUUCCCAGUUCCUUGGGAUUCAGUUCUCCCCUUAUGUGUUUUACUAAAGGUCAGGUGGAACCAAGCAGUUAAAAAGCAAACCUCAAAUGUCUAAUUUUAUCACUCCCAAGUUCUACCUGUCACAAAUCACUGGCCUGUAACUACGUUCGACCAAGAUCUUUAUGAUUUCAUAUUAAAGAGCUGCCUCUUUUCCGUCCAACUUUCUUUUUUAGUGGUGCUAGGGAUUUAACUAACCCAUGACUGAGCUACAUCCCCAGCUCCAAUUUUUGGUUUCUGUUUGUUUUUGUUUUUUGAGAUAGGGUCUCACUAUUAGUUCAAAAUGGCCUUGAAUUCAUGGUGAUCUGUCCCUGUCUCAGCCUCCUGAGUGCUGGAAUUACAGGUAUAUGCCACGGUACGUGGCAGCCAGCCCUGUUUUAUGUGGUAGUGGAGAUUGAACUCAGGUGUUUCACACUGGGCUACAUCCCUUUCUCUUUUUCAGAGAGACUCACUAAGCUCCCUGGCUGGGCUGGAUCACGCAGCCUCCGCCUCUUAGAAUACUGGGAUUUUACAGGCGUGCACUACCAGGCCCCUAUUUUAAAUUUUGCGAUGGGGUCUUGCUACAUUGCACAAGUGGUCUCGAACUUGGUAGCCUCCUGCCUCAGUCUCCUAAACAGAUGGGAUUACAGACGUGUGCUACCACACUCAGCUCUUCUCUCCAUUCUCUAGUAACAUGUUCCUCGUUCUCCAGUAGCAAAUGCCAGGACAGCCCUUAAUGGCCGUAUUUCUAGCAUACACUAAAAACCUUUCCAAGCCUGAUGAAGUAUCACACACCUGGCAUCCCAGCAUCCCAGAGACUGAGGCCGCAGGAUCACCAUGAAUUCCAGGCCAUCCUGGGCUCCCUAGUGAGUUCAAGGCUGGCCUGUGCUACAUAACGAGACCUUGUCUCAAAACACAAACGAAACAAAACACUUACCAGCCUCUGCCUAUUGCUGCUUAAGAUUUAUUUUCUACCAAAACACCACUUUUCAGUACCUGUAUCUUUUCCUGAGACUAAGAACAGGCCCCUUUCUCUGUCUCCUGUGAUGAGGUCACAGCCCUACAGUAUUAACUCUGCCCCCUUUGAACCUCGCCUAACCCCAAACUGAAGUUCUGUCUUCAAGGUCGAAUUGGGGCUUAGAUUAUAAAUAUGAAUUUUGGGAGCGAAAAGUCAGAGCACUUAACACCAGCAAUCCUAUCAUCUACAGAGACUAUUGUUUUUCUACUUCAAUUGUUAGGUCAUUGUUGUCCCUUUAUAGGAGUGACUAUUACCUCCAGCACAAUACUGACUAAAACUAGUAAAAACGGCAUUUUUUUCUUUAAAAUUCUAAUAUACUCUCCAUUCUAUGGACUCAGUGGGUACAGUUUUUUGUUUUUUUUUUUUCCGGUACUGGGGAUCGAACUCAUGACCGCCUGCUUGCAAGGCAGGUGCUUAUGCCACUGAGCUAAAUCCCCAACCCGGGGUAUAGUUUUGUUUUUAAUACCCAAUCUUGCACAAAGAUUUCCCAAUAUUUAAAAAUUUUACAGGCUGAAUCUUCUUGGAUUUGUUGAUUGCUUUUCCCCUGUCAUCUAUCAGCAUCAUAUUCAUUUAUUCAUAAGCCUCAAAUACCUAGAACUACAAGUGGCUCAUAAUACAUAAUAAAUACUUGAAUAUGUGAAUGAAUGAAAGGACUUGCAAAUAAGUAUGGUCAUUAUUGAUCAUAGUUUAUUGAUUUUCUGAUGUUAAUCUUUCAUUCCUAAGUAAACUCAACUUGGUAAACUCGAUACUAUUUCCUUGGGUUUUUGGGGGGGGGGGGAGAUUGGUGAUUGAACCCAGGACCUUUGCACUGAGCAACAUCCUAGCCUAUUUUUUUUUUUUUUUAUUUUGAGACAGGGUUUCGCUAAAUUGCCCAACAUGGGCUUGAUCUUCCUGCCUCAGUUUCCCAGAGUGCUGGGAUUACACGUGUGUACCACCAUGCUGAGUUUGGACUGUCUUUAAUACUUAACUUGAUUAUGUUUACUAAUGUAUUAUAAGAAAGAUCCCUGUAGAUAUGUUUCAGUGACCUUAGCAUGUAAUUUUUUUGUAUAUAAGAAAAAAAGUAGAGGCUAGGGUGUCACUUAGUGGCUGCGCACUUGCCUGGCAUGGGUGAAGCCCUGGGUUCAACAAAAAGAAAAUGAAAUGUGGUAUGGGUGGAUCUCAGAGGUAGAAUACACAUGUACAAAGCUCUGGGCUCAGUCCCAGCACUAUCAAAAUAACGAUGGUUUUAGGUGUAAAUGAUGAUGGUACCAUGUACUGUAUUGGAAUGUGUCUUCAUGUUUUAUAAAUUUGUAACUUUUUCAUAGUUCAAUUAUCUGGCUUUAGAGCAGUUGUUAAUUAUUGUGUUAGGUAUCCGUUUUUGUACGAUUUUAAGCUAUUUGCUUAAUUUCUCUGUAAUCAUAGGACAACUAAGGUUUCCAAUAUCUUAAGCAUUACGAGUAUAUUUUUCUAGGCAUGUUUUCAUUUGCACAUAUGCAAGGAAAACUUUUAUAUUUUUAAUGUUUCCUUGGUGUACAAUUAAGUUUACUUUGGGUCUCUUGCAUUCGAGAAUUGCUUUCUUUGUGCAUUCUUUCUCUUGCAUUAGUCUUGGCAGGGUAUUCAGUUUUAUACUUUUUUUCUUUUUGUCUGUUUUUUGUUUGUUUGUUUGUUUUUGUGGUGCUGGAGAUCAAACCCAGAGCUUUGCACAGUAGCUGGAUGUCCUGCCACUGAGGUGUAUUCUGAGCCAGGUUUGUGAAAAUCCAAGCCUUCCACUGGGGAUGUAGCUACCGGCAGAAUGCCUGUCUCACUUGCACAAGGCCCUGGGUUCAGUCCCUGGUACUGCGGGAAAACAAAAUUCUAAAUGGUCUGAUUGAUUCUGUUAGAUAUUAACACAGCCAUAUCAGCUUGCUUUUGUUUUCCUUUUUAGUCUGUUUUGUUUUGUUUUGGGUGCUGGGGAUCAAAUGUAGGCCUCGCUCAGCUAAGCAUGUGCUCUACCACUAAGCUACACCCUCAGCCCAGAUGUCUCUCUAUAUAUACGUUAGCUGGAGAUGAAAAACUCUAAGUACUUGAAAGCUUCUGACUAACAAUCCUUUUCUUUCACCUUGAACAUUUAUUCAUUAUGUAUAAUCUAGUUAGUAAUAAAUUUGGAUUAAUUUCUAACAUCUUGUUUCUUUCUGUUGUCUCAUUGUGCUUCAUCCUUGCAAUUGAUUAUAUUUUUCACUGAAAUGAUUUUACUCUUGCUGUUUGAAAUUCAUAUGCUCUUUCUUUUUGUUGGUGCCCUAAAACAUUAAAUUCGUUUUUGAAAUUUG